AUGCUGAAGGUUCCGUCGCGCAACAAGGCCGCUGGUGGCCAAGGGCUCACCAAGGCCGUUAUCUUGGUUGGAGGCCCGUCGCGAGGAACUCGGUUUAGACCUCUCAGUCUUGAUGUCCCCAAGCCAUUGUUCGAUGUUGCCGGCCACCCCAUCAUCUGGCACUGCCUCAAGGCUGUGUCCAAAGUGCCCGACAUCAAAGAAGUCAUUUUGAUCGGCUACUACGACGAGAAUGUAUUCCGUGACUUCAUUAAAGACUCGUCAAGAGAAUUCCCCCAGAUCAAGAUCCAGUAUCUACGAGAGUACCAGGCACUCGGUACGGCCGGCGGUCUGUACCACUUCCGAGAUGCCAUUCUCAAGGGCAAGCCGGAAAAGUUCUUCGUGCUCAACUCGGAUGUCUGCUGCUCGUUCCCCCUGGAGGCCAUGCUUCAGCUCUUCGAAGAAAAGGACGCCGAUGCCGUCAUCCUGGGGACGCGAGUUAGUAACGAGGCGGCUACCAACUUUGGUUGCAUCGUGUCCGACGCCCACUCGAAGCGCGUACUGCACUACGUCGAGAAGCCCGAGGGCCACAUCUCCAAUUUGAUCAACUGUGGUGUCUACCUCUUCUCGACCGAAUGCAUCUUCCCAUCCAUCCGAAGUGCCAUCAAACGCAAGACCGAGAGACCGCGAAUGAUCAAUUACCCAUCUUCGGAACAUGUUGAGUCGUCGUUCAUUGCGGACCCCGAAGAGGACGGAGAAAAGAACGAGGUGCUCCGGCUCGAACAAGACAUCUUGUCCGAUCUCGCCGACAGCAACCGCUUCUACGUCCACGAAACUAAGGACUUCUGGCGCCAGAUCAAGACCGCCGGCUCGGCCGUGCCCGCCAACGCGCUUUACCUUCAAAAGGCCUUCCAGUCGCAGUCGGAGGAAAUCGCCAAACCGUCCGCCAACAUCAUUCCACCAGUUUUCAUCCACCCUACUGCCACCGUUGAUCCGACAGCCAAGCUGGGCCCGAACGUGUCGAUUGGACCCAAGGCCGUCAUUGGGCCGGGCGUUCGUGUCAAGGAUGCCAUUGUCCUCGAGGAGGCAGAAAUCAAGCAUGACGCCUGUGUUCUUUACGCCAUCAUCGGCUGGAACAGUCGUGUCGGAGCAUGGGCCCGAGUCGAAGGCACUCCGAUCCCCGUCGGUAAUCAUACGACCAGCAUCAUCAAGAACGGUGUCAAGGUCCAGAGCAUCACUAUUCUCGGCAAGGAGUGCCAUGUUGGCGAUGAGGUCAGAGUUCAGAACUGUAUCUGCCUGCCCUACAAGGAACUGAAGCGCGACGUGGCCAACGAGGUCAUUAUGUGA